GGACUAAACCAGGACUAAACCAGGACUGAACCAGGACUGAACCAGGACUGAACCAGGACUAAACCAGGACUGAACCAGGACUGAACCAGGACUAAACCAGGACUAAACCAGGACUAAACCAGGACUAAACCAAGACUAAACCAGGACCUGGAUUUGAGCUCGACUCUGUCUGGAGAAACUUGAAUCAUUCACAAAUUUUUUUCUGGAAACUUCUAUAAAAAUGCCACAUGGUCGUCGCUGCAGCUGAGAAGAACCACAGAGUCCAGACCCGACCCCAGAGUCCGGACCCGACCCGACCCAGAGUCCAGACCCGACCCCAGAGUCCGGACCCGACCCGACCACAGAGUCCAGAGAGACCCGACCCAGAGUCCAGACCCGACCCCAGAGUCCAGACCCGACCCCAGAGUCCGGACCCGACCCGACCACAGAGUCCAGACCCGACCCCAGAGUCCGGACCCGACCCGACCACAGAGUCCGACCCGACCCCAGAGUCCGGACCCGACCCGACCACAGAGUCCGGACCAUGACCAGACUCCUCACUCUGACCUCUGACCUCUGACCCGCUGUACUUGACCCUGAGGUUUGAACUUCAACAUUUUGUCCGAAAUUAAAAUGAAAACAUUAAGAACAGACCAAUCAGACGCCUUGUUUCCCCGAGGCCCCUCCCCCUGGUUUUAGCAACAGGUUUGAUUGACAGCUCCAGAUUAUCUGCUGUAACUGCAGUUGUCCAUGAGCUUCAUUUGACUGGAGCCUGGUCUUCACAAAGUUUAUUCAGAUGUUUAAAACGAACGAAGCCGCGGCUGGAGAAUCGUCUGUCGCUGAGGAGGAGAAGGAGGAAGAAGAAGACAAAAGCUCAGCCCACUCCCGCAUCCCUCUCACAAAUCCAAAGAGACGUGGAUCAAAGUCCCGAGACAGAACUGGACCAGGACCAGGACCAGGACCAGGACCAGGAGGACGACACGAGGAGCCUGAAGCAUCAGCAGCAUUUGAACAACAACAAACCACAAACAGGAUCCAGGAAACAAACUCAGUCACAUUUAACAUCACAACAAAACAAACUCUUACUUUAAUAUUCAGAUUAAAUCACAAUCAACAUUUUCAUCUGUUUACAUGAACAUGAACAAGACGAAGUCAGUUUGAUUUAGAAUUUAAUUAUUUUUAUUCAUAUUUAAAUCUCAUGUAAACGUGGACACCACACACUCUUUCUGGACUUUUUACAAAAUUUCUGCUCUGGGGAAAAAAAAAAAACUACAUGAAGAAAGUUUCACCUCUUUAAGUCCAACAAGAAAAUAUUCAGAAUUUAAUCGAGUUUCAAAUCAUGAAGUUUGACUCAUUUUAGUCUGAACUUUAUUUAAGUCAAAGCUGCUGAAGGACACAGACUUUACUCCUCAUGAAGUAAAAGUUUAUUUAACACUUGACCUGUAGUAAAAAUACAUUUAACACCUGUACUGUUACUGUGUACUGUUACUGUGUACUGUUACUGUGUACUGUUACUGUGUACUGUUACUGUGUACUGUUACUGUGUACUGUUACUGUGUACUGUGUAGGUUACUACAUUCCUGAAGCUCUGAGUUCUGUUGUUUCAUUUCAUUUUGUCAAUAAAACUUUACAGGUUUGAACCGGA